AUGACAGCGCUCCGAUCUAACGUCAUGCUGUUUAACAUUUUCUGGGCCCUAUUGCGAACCCAAACGACCGAAUGGCAGCUAACAGUGAGUGGUCACGAUAGGAGCGGAAAAGUACUUCUGGAAGUUUCUCGAUUCUUCCAGAACAUCAGUUCCCAUUCUCCUGUUGUUGAUAUGACGAUUGAGUCUGAAAACAUGACCCUGAGCUUUUCCUUCUCCGUGGAAUGCGAAGCGAACUUUUACGGUCCGACAUGUACUGUGUUUUGUAACGAAACAUUCAAAGAUCAAAACGGCGGUUCGUUCAAGUGCUCGCCAGACGGCAAAAAACUUUGUGAAAGUGGAUGGGGUGGUCCACUGUGCAACGAACCGAAGUGCGACCCGACAUGCGGUCAUGGAACAUGCACUGCACCAAAUACUUGCAGAUGCGAUUUCGGGUGGAAAGGAUUGUCCUGUACGGAAUGUGUGCCUCUAGCAGGCUGUCAACAUGGAUCAUGUAGAUUGGCGCAUCAAUGUGUAUGUGAUUCGAACUGGGGUGGAAUUCUUUGUGACAUGGAUCUCGAUUACUGCUCCAAUCAUGCAGACGUUUGUGAGAAUGGUGGAACCUGUAUCGCUGAUAUUACCAACUCUUACAAGUGCAUCUGUGCUGAAGGAUUUGAGGGAAGAAAUUGCGAGCGGCAGGUAUCGAGAGAAGGGAUCGACUGCGCCAUGCUAAGCUGUGGAGAAGGAGUGUGCAUCAUGAAGCCGACGCCACGCUGUGAAUACCCUAAUGGUAAAACAUCCGACUUAUCAAAUCGAAUUGAUUUCCUAAUGGUGAGUGUGAUCCUUUUGAUGGUCGCACUGUGUCUUGCCAUCAUAACUAUCGUCGCCAGGCUAGUCAAUUUGGCUAUUCGGCCCAUUGGGUUACAGCAGAAGUACAUCUACGAGAGCCAUCGAGACGAUACGGUGAGCAUUUCGAAAGUAUAG